AUGUCAUUUGACUUACCCAACAAUGUAAAUUUUACUGUGGAUGAUGUUUAUAAGAAGUUAUCUCAUCUACAUGGUAAUUGGACUACUUGUCCUGAUGGCUUAUCCGAUGAUAUUAAACUCUACUCUUGUGUAUCCUCCUUAGAUGACUGUAUUUUGUUACAGAUUCAUUUUGAUCGGUUCACUGAAUGGUUCAAUACUCUAGGCUUAUCCCCUAAUGUUUCUAAGUGUAAGACCAUGACUUAUACUAGAAUUCGGUCCCCUGUCAAAUAUGCAUAUCAUCUUGGGCCAACUGCUAUCGCAUGCUCUAAUGGCAGUGUUACUAACCUAACCUGCUACAAAAGAUUUUUGUUUUUGUGUCGCUGCCUCAGAUUUGACGAUCGCGAAACUAGAGCUGAAAGACGGGUGAUUGAUGAACUGGCUCCUAUUCGUACUACGUUUGACCUUUUCUUGAAAAAUAUCAAUCAGAAUUAUAAUUUGAGUGAAUAUACUACUAUUGACGAAAUGUUACACCCAUUUCGUGGUCGGUGUCAAUGGAUACAGUACAUCCCAAGUAAACCGGCCAAAUAUGGCAUCAAAAUGUUUGCAUUAUGUGAUGCAAAAACAUUUUACACGAGUAAAAUAGAGAUUUAUGUUGGAAAACAACCACCUGGUUCGUAUGAGGUUUCUAAUUCACCAAUUGAUAUCGUGAAACGAUUAGUAACACCCAUCGAAAACUCUAAUCGAAAUCUUACCACUGACAACUGGUAUACCAAAUUUUUACCAGAUAAAAAAAAAGAAGUUGGUUCGAGCGUGUUCGGGUUUCAAAAAAAUAAAACAUUAGUGUCAUACGUACCACGAAAAAACAAGGCAGUUAUUUUGCUUUCAACUAUGCACCAUGAUUCAAAAAUUGAUGUAGAAACUCGUAAACCAGAAAUAAUUAUGGAUUAUAAUUGUACCAAAGGUGGAGUUGAUACAGUAGAUAAAAUGUGUGCGGCAUAUUCUGUCUCUAGAAUUACAAAAAGGUGGCCACUUGUAAUUUUUUAUUCUUUGAUGAAUAUUGCUGGAAUUAAUGCUCAGGUACUGUUUUCAUACUUUAAACAUAACAAUGCCCCUAAAAUUAGAAGAUUAUUUUUGAAAACAUUGGCAUUUGAUCUAAUGAAGGAACAUCUUGCUUCUCGAGCUCAAAUCUCAAGUUUACCAUCGGACAUAUCAUCUUUUUUGAAAAUAAAAUAUGCUGUCCCGAGUACAUCAGAUGUAUCUACAACCCCCCGUUCAAAACGAGGAACUUGCUUCGAAUGUGGGAGAAAAAAAAAUGCGGCUACAUCUAUGAAGUGCACCAAGUGUAUGCGAUUUAUAUGUAAGCUACAUUCAAAAAAAAUUAUUAUUUGUGAAAAGUGUUCUAAUAACGAUGACAAUGACAAUUCUAAAUAA